UCAAGCUUUUUGAAAAACCAGAGGUACAAAAAGGGCAGCCAUCGGGGAGCAAACGAAGAACAGCCAUAAUUGAUCUGCGACAGAUAAAGCAGAGGAAGAAAACAGAGGCGAAGUUCCCAAGUUCAUUGAUAAUGGCAGAGAUUAGGCGCUCCUCGCAACAAAGCCACCAACCAAACCCCGUCCCGCAGACGCUCUUUGCGGCUCUCGACCCCGUCUCUCUCCUCCGUUCCCAGAAUUCAAACUCGGACGGACCUCCCAAUUUCCUGAAACUCACAACGGAGAGUUUCAUCAUGGAGAGAGGGCCCAGGUACAACGCGUACGCAGAACUAAGAGAAUCGAAGCUGCGGGAGAGGAACAUGAAUCAAGAACAAGAUUCAAAAUCGAAUUCGGAUUUGUUGAUUUCGAGAAUCACUCCCCCAAAGAAGCAAGUCAAGUUUCAGGGGACAGGGCGAAAAGGACCCUCUGCUCUCACCCAAUCGGUGCCGGACUUCUCGUAUGCGCUGAGAAAAGAGAACCGAAGGCCGGCGAACCCGGUUCCGACGAUGGUGGAGAUGACGCCGCCGGCGAAGAGAUGCUCGCCUGUUAAAGGGGUUCCGCCGAAACAGGGAGGGUGCAAGUCGGCGAGUGGGGGGGAGAAGAGGGGUGGGGGGCUAAUGGCGAGGAAGAGCUACGCGAGCGUUGAGGAAUUGAGGGGAUUGUCUUCGGCAGCGGCGACUGCUAUUAAUGGAGAAAACAGGGGAGGGAGGAGCGGUACUGGUGCUGGUAUUGGUACGGGCACUGGAAGAGGUGUCGGGAAGAACAUUUUGGGUUACAGGCAGUUUUGAAUCUGAAUGAAUGCUUGGCUGGUUUUUCACUUAUGAGACUGUUAUUCUUUCAAUCUGGUGAAUUGAUUUCUGUUUGAUUUUCUUUCGCUGAUUCUUCUAUGCAGGCACGAGAGAGAGAGAGAGAGAGAGAGAGAGAGAGAGAGAGAGAGAAGUUUUUUUUUUUUUUUUUUUUCUGUAAAUCACUGGUUUGAACCCCGAGCUUUAAUAUCGAUAUAUGAUAUACAAUGCUUUAAUA